AUGUUUUGUUUUCGUUGUUUUUGUUCAAAAACAACAUCUGUGGAUUCCACAAACUUUACACUGACUGAAAUGUCAUCGAAAACGUCAACUGGUAAAGAUGAGAAAAUUAACUCACGUAUUCCGUUAAAUACAAGGCAAAAGUAUUUGAUAACAAAAAAUUGGAAAGGUAUAUCACGCGUUGUUACCACUGCUGGCGUAGAAAUGUUUAUGAAAAUGUUUUCUGUACAUCCUGAAUAUUACGAGUUAUUUGCAUUUCGAUCGAUAGCUAAGUCAAAUUUGGAAAAGCAACGAACUGAUGAGUGCUUGAAAGCACACAGUGAAGCAGUAAUGAAUUUUCUCGGCCAAGCUAUUAGGUUAAUUAUUCCCUUAAUUAAAGCUAUGGAGGAACCAUUUCUUUACGCUGUAAAACUUAUAUUAGACGAGCGUUACACAGAUAAUAUGGAUCUGAUAUACAAAACUACAAUUAAGGUAAUCCUAAGAGAGUUGGAAGAUGGCUGUAGGAAGGAAAUAUUCGAAAUGAACGGUAAAAAUGAAAAGCAAGAAAUAUGCGAGAAAUAA